UAAAAAUAAGUGUAUUUUUACAUUAACAGAAACUAUUAAGGAAAAAUUAUUAGAAUAAGAAAAUGCAGUCAUUGAAGGAAAAAGCAUCAAAUGUUGCCGCUUCGGCAAAAUCUGGCAUGGAAAAAACUAAAGCUACUGUCCAAGAAAAGGUGGACAAGAUGAAAGCCAAUGAUCCAACAGAGAAAGCAAUGGCAACAGAGAAGAAAGAUGGAAGGAUUUGUGAAGCAGAGAUGAAUAAGCACGCAACUCAAGACCGCAAUGCAGCUCUCCACCACGGCGCCGGCACAGGCGCCGGGAGGCCACAUUACUCAAACACAACCACUGGACACCCUCAUAACUGCUAGCCAGGGCUAGUUAAGCUCGGGAGGAGCACAAUAAAGUUACGGGUUAACAGGAGAAUUCAAUAAAUAUUCGGCAAUUGAAGCCUAAUAUUACCUUUAAUGACACUACAUAUAGGUGCUUCAAUUGGUAAUAGGUUUUUGAGGGUAUAAUUACCCCUCUUCUUCGUGUUGUUAUAUUUUCUGAUUAUUGUAUGUUUCAAGAAAUGCAAAUUAGUUAUUCCAAA